GCAAGGUAUGAUACUUCCUAUGAGAUUGUCAGAGCGGAGUGAUCAUCCACAUGAGGGUUCUAAACAAAGACAAAGAUGUUUCGUAUCGCAAGAACAUAUGUACUCGGUUUCAUCUUACCUUGAGGCGAAGAGUAGAUAGAUCGAACACCACUGCGGGUCGACAGAAAAAGUAUGAUCUUAGGUCAUCAUAGAACGCACGCCCUUCGAUCUAGUUUACAAAGAUAUUGAAUGGAGACAAACAAGUUCAUCGACGGACGUGCUUUAACAGAGAGCAAUAAUAAUUCGAAGACUAUGCACGAUGCUUCUGUGUUCUCACUGCAAGUGUGGUUUCAGCAGGGAGACUCGAUGGUGCUGGACGGGAGCUUCGGGCGAACCCAGCGUAUUUCUCAGUCUGAAGAAGGAAAGCCGCAUUCUACGGUCUCUCUCUCUUCUUCACAUCGUCAAUCGGCUCAGAAUGGUCAUUUCACAGUCUUCCUCUGGGUUUGUUUAUCAGAUACAUAUCUGAUAAUGUUACUUAUGCAAGCAUUAAUUUUAUCUUUCCUUACAUGAAAGAGCAUUGCAAGCCCCAAGCCAGUAAUAGCUUUACCCAGUGAAUUGCAA